AGGAAGAAUUAAAGAGGCAGCCCCAAAGCAGGAGAGGAUUUACUUCGGCAGAGCUGCUCAGUGUGUCACAGCCCACCGAGAGAGAAGGGCGCUGGGAGCAAAGCACUGGACUGGCUGCAGGAGCCUGGCACAAGGGUUAAAAAUGACUCUGAACAAUGUUACCAUGCGUCGCACCCACAACAGCAGUCUGCACCAGCAGCAGCAGCGAUGGAGCAUCCCUGCCGAUGGAAAGAAUCUGCUGGUCCAGAAAGACUCCAAUGAGUACAACCCACAGAAACGAUACACCAUCAGUCCUGAUGAAUAUUACAGAAGGAGCUGGUCCUCGGAGUCAUCCGACUCCGUCAUCUCCUCCGAGUCUGGCAGCAGCUGCUACCGGGUGGUGCUGAUCGGGGAGCACGGCGUGGGCAAGUCCUCGCUGGCCAACAUCUUUGCUGGGGUGCACGACAGCAUUGACAGUGACUGUGAGGUGCUGGGAGAAGACACGUAUGAAAGAACUCUGAUGGUGGAUGGGGAAAGUGCGACUGUUGUACUGCUCGACAUGUGGGAUAAUAAGCGUGAGGGAGAAUGGAUUCGAGACCACUGCAUGCAAGUGGGAGACGCCUACUUGAUUGUCUACUCCAUCACAGACCGAGCAAGCUUUGAGAAGGCCUCUGAACUCAGAAUACAGCUCCGCAGGGCACGCCAGAAAGAAGAUAUCCCCAUUAUUUUGGUUGGCAAUAAAAGUGACCUUGUCAGGUGCCGUGAAGUUUCAGUGGCAGAGGGGCGAGCCUGUGCAGUGGUGUUUGACUGCAAGUUCAUUGAGACCUCAGCAGCUGUGCAGCACAACGUGAAGGAGCUGUUCGAAGGCAUCGUGCGGCAGGUCCGGCUCCGGAGGGACAGCAAGGAAAAGAACGAGAAGCGACUGGCACUACAGAAACGGAGAGAGAGCAUCCCCAAGAAAGCCAGGCGGUUUUGGGGCAAAAUAGUUGCCAAGAACAACAAGAACAUGGCCUUCAAACUCAAGUCCAAGUCUUGCCAUGACCUAUCAGUACUUUAAGAACACUGGACUCUGCCAGAGCUUGUGGCAUUUUGUGGACAUUAUCUAACUUUGUCAUAGGACAAUCAAUCAAUCUAUAUUAGAUUGGGCUAUCAGUGACUUAGGUUCACAGUUGUGAUUGUGAUGAUAUGUGCUGGCAUAAGAACAGCACAAUGCAUGGAAAUAUCUCUUCCUUUUUUUUUUUUUUUUUUUCUCCUUUUGGUCAGUAGUUUUAAAAGAAAAUUAUAGACCAGAAUGACCCAAAAUUAUGCUGGGAACUGUUCUGGAAUACACCUGUUCUUUCUCCUCUCACCUUUGGAUAAUAGUGUAAGAACCUCAAAUGCCAUAACUUGGGAAGUGAAUACUACUGUCUUUACUCUUUCUCCUUGUUAUUAAUAUUUCAUUUUUAAAACUGUGUAAAGAAUUGAGGAACUGACUGGAGAUUGGUCCCUUGUCAGUUGGCUGGUCAGGCUUGAGCACCCACAGCUGAAAAAAAAUGCAUUUUUGUAGAAUAAGCACAAAGACACCUGUUUGUAUGUUUGGUAUUUUUUCUUUAUUUCAAGGAUUAGUUUCAGUGAGUUUACACAUCUCUUACUUUGAAAAUAUUUAAAGGAAAAACCCUGUAGUCAAACAAAUUUUCCUCUCCUGUUUUCAUAUUAUGGAACUAUUUAAAAAUCAUAGUAAAAUUAAAGUGCAAGUUGUAUCAAAGUGCAUCAAGUGCAGGAUGCCAAACCUUUAAAAAUCACCUGAGCUUUUUUAUGCCAUCACAUGGACUUCUUGUAUCUAUCCUUGGCCUUUCUCUGUGCCAGAGCUAUGCUGUAUUUAUUGUUGUGCAAAAUAACAAGCAUUUUAAUGUCGAGGGGAAAUGUAUUUAUUACCAAUUUUAUUAAGAUAAUAAUGUUAAUUUUAUUACUGUUUUCUAUCUAAUAUCUUUUUUCAGAUAUGCAAGUUUUUACUUACAUGCCUUGUAAUAAAAUAAA